AUGCUUGGGGAAAAUGCCUUCUCGCCACAAACGAUUCAGGAGGAAUGCCUUGCGCUCUCCCGCCCUACGCCGCUCAUCUGGAGAUCUGCAAGGGAGCAGGGCAUUGUGGAAAUGAGGAAACUGGAGCAGGUGAAGCUGUCGAUAGAGCGCUACAUUGAGAAAUAUCAAUCCUGGGAGGACAGAAGCCCUGUGGUGGAUCAGGGGCUGCUCUAUAAUUGGUUUAUAGCAGGGCUGUCUUCCCGAGAGAGGCAAUCAGUAACCGGCUGCGCUAUGCGAGGGGAAUGUUGUCAAGAAGUGGGAGUCGCCGAUAUGAUGGAGUACCUUCGCAGAAAAGAAAGGAAAAAUGCGACUUCCUCAGCUUUAGCCGAAAAGGAAGAAAGCGGAUCUGGGGAUGUUCCCAGAUCCGCUUUCUUCCUUUUCGGCUAA